UUCUUGCAGCCUCGAACCACCCCCCACCCCCACCCUUCACCAUGUAAUAUUCUUACAUUAUCCACUGAUGCAAGCCUUUCAUGCGCCCGGAUACAUUUCUCCUCUCUUGCAGCGCCGACUCCUUUCUCCUUUCAAUUUAACAUUCACAGAGGGACGCCCUCGGACUGCCACCCCCCACCAUCACCACCAUCACCACCACCACUACCACCCCACCCGUCCGACAACUGCUAAAAAGACUGGUAGGUGACAAUAGUCAUGGAUCGGUGAAAAACGCUUAUUCAGACGGUUCUCAGAUGAAGUUGGAGGCCCUGUGUCAGCACAGAAUAAUCGAUCAUAUAGUUUGCCAACUUUUGACUCUGAUCCAUCGUUGUAGAUUUUUUUUUUCCUUUCCUUUCUUUUCUGAGACUCGCUGUAGAAAGAGGUGUGUGUAGCCCGUGUUGUAGCUGUUCAUGACGGAAACAAUGGCGCUGAGUGGAAACUGUAGGACUAACCCCAAAGAGCAAGCUUCAGUUCAGAACAGUUUCCCAGAUGUUGUCGAGUUAAACGUGGGUGGGCAGGUUUAUUACACCCGUCACUCAACUUUGGUGAGCACCCCGAGUUCGUUACUCGGUAAGCUUUUCUCUUCCAAAAAAGACGCAUCUAAUGACUUGGCGAGAGACCCCAAAGGCCGAUACUUCAUCGACAGGGACGGGUUUUUAUUCCGCUAUGUGUUGGACUACCUCCGAGACAAGCAAGUCGUCCUCCCAGACCACUUCCCCGAGAAAGGGAGGCUCAGGAAAGAGGCGGAGUACUUCCAGCUGCCCGACUUAGUGAAGCUCCUGACCCCUGACGAUCUCAAGCACAGCCCUGACGACUUCUUUCACAGCGACUAUGAAGACGGUUCCCAGGGCAGCGACCACCGUCAGUGUCCGCCGCCCUCCCUGGUCCCCGCGGACAGGAAGAGCGGCUUCAUCACGGUGGGGUACCGGGGGUCGUGCACCAUGGGCCGGGAGAGUCAGACAGAUGCCAAGUUCAGGAGGGUACCUCGGAUACUGAUAUGCGGACGGGUAGCCCUCGCCAAAGAAGUUUUUGGGGAGACCCUGAACGAGAGCCGGGAUCCAGACCGAACCCCGGAUCGGUACACCUCUCGGUUUUACCUCAAGUUCAAGCACCUGGAGAGGGCUUUUGACAUGCUGUCGGAGUGUGGUUUCCAAAUGGUGGCCUGCAAUUCGUCGGUUACAGCCUCGUUUGUCAACCAGCACACAGAGGACAAGAUCUGGUCCAGCUACACAGAAUACGUCUUCUACCGUGGUCCGUCACGUUGGUCCUCCCCUCCAUGUGACUGCUGCUGCAAGAACCACAAAGGCGACGGUGAGGGUGAGAGCGGCACCUCCUUCAACGAGCUUUCCACCUCCAGCUCUGAGAGCCAAUCAGAAGCUAGCUCUCCCCAAGGAACGGUCAUCUGUGGGCCGGUCAGCCGCCAGUCACACCCCCAUGCAAACGUCCAAACCCUGGACAGGUCUAUGAAAAAGGGCCCCAUCGCUAUGCUCCAGCAGUCCGAACAACGGCGGAAGAGCGACUUGCUGCGUACGCUUACAGCAAGUUCCCGUGACACCAGCUGUAAGAAGAGGCCAGUGAAAGAGAAGAUGACAGUCGAAGAAGAGCUGGAAAAGUGCAUUCAAGACUUCCGAAAGAUCAAGAUCCCAGAGAGGUUUCCAGAGAGGAAGUACAUGUGGCAGAGUGACCUGCUGAGAAAGUAUCGCCUCUGAGCCAGGAAACAGUACUGAGGGAGCAGAUACAUGAGGCCAAGGAUCAGUUUACAUGUUUUUUGAUCUUGACUUCUGCAACAAAAGGGAGAUAACACUAAACUCAUUUGAAUCCAAUUUCUGGGGGAAACUUCAUCUUUAUGCCAGAAGGUUGAAAGUCUACACAAGAGCUAGUGAAAAGCAUAAAAUCAGACUGUUCUCUUGUUGACAUAUGUAGUAUGUAUGUGUGUAUGUAGUUUAGGCCUACUGUAUGUACUGUAAGUAUGUGCUGUACCUUGCUGAAUGCUUUGGAGCUUUGAAUAAUUUAUCCCUGAGGACCAAUCCAGGUGGAUGAAAGACAUCCUCUCUGAACCCAUCAACCAACCCAAGACUGGCUAAUGGCUUCACUGGGGGGUUACUGAGGGUUACUGGACUGCACACACUGUCAUCAUUUCACUGAAAAACCACAAAGACGAACACUGAUUUAGUAUGUGAAUGUGUGUGUUUGUGUGUGUGUAUUCACUCCCAGGUGGCCUAGAGGUCACAGAUAAAUCUGCAUCAGGACCCAUUAAUAAUUCAUGCUGUCCCGACAGUGCUCUCACUAUAAAUACACCCAGAGCUCUCUGCUGCCAGGACGGCACAAACAGCUCGAUUGAUUACUUAACUUUUAGGGAAUAUUUGGAGACUUGUAGGGCAGGAGGAGGUACAGUUUCAUCAACACCACAAUUAAUUUUCUUCCUGUAAUAUCAGUUAUAUUGCAAACCUACCCAAGUGAGUCUAACUGCCCUGCAUUGCAUUGAUUUUUGCAGAGCAAUACCCAGGUUACGGUGUGAAGGAUAUUUGAUUUGGUGGUCAAACCAUGGGGAAAUACAGAAUUUCAAUAAAGAAAAGUCCUGAUUUAACAAACCUGUGCACAAACACUUAUAAUAGGCAUUUUUCCCAAUUACUCUACAAAAUUAACAGAACACCUGGUACACGUGCAAACACACAGAGCAAUCAAUUGUGAGGUCACUUAAACUGUGCUCAAUAAGAUACCUACAGUAAAUACAGACAGAAUGGGACAGGAUGGCUACACAGGCUAAUCCCGUCAACACAUAGACAAAUGUUUCUACCCAGACUGUUGACACGGUAGUCAAUAAUUAUUGAUGAUAGAGUGUGGUGAUAGAGCUGAUAGAUGUGGUUCUUGUUUACAGUUAUUAAUGAAGCCCCUGGCUUACUGACAAA